GAGCUCGGGUCAGGUGGAAAGGAGCGGGUGAUUGGUUUACGAGCCGACAUCCUUCCUCCUGAUUGGACAGAAAGGUGUGAGAAAGAAGCGGCGGAGAGGGGCGAGAGCAGAGAUCCAGCAGCAGUCUUCCCCCUCCAGUCCCCGCUGACUCUGCCGGUUCAGCACACACUAACUGAGGACUGAGAUGUGACUGGCGAGCAGAGGACUUACAGCGUGUUUCUGAGGGGAUUUGUUGUUUCUGGUAGCCGGAUAAUGGGAGAGGACAGGCGGGGAGUCACCGUGGCCACUCUGGCCACUUGGGCUGCGCUCCUUCUCUGUGUGAUUACUUGGGUGUGCGCAGUGGAAGAGACAGUGAUGGAUACAAGGACAGCGACAGCUGAGCUUGGCUGGAUAUCGUUUCCUGCCAAUGGAUGGGAGGAGGUGAGCGGCUAUGAUGAGAACCUCAACACUAUCAGGACGUACCAGGUGUGCAACGUGUUUGAGCCCAGCCAGAAUAACUGGCUUCUCACCACCUACAUCGACCGGAGAGCAGCGCAACGCAUCUACGUGGAGAUCCGCUUCACUGUGCGCGAUUGUGCCUCCAUACCUAGUGUCCUGGGCUCCUGCAAAGAGACGUUCAACCUCUACUACCUAGAGACCGAUCGGACCAUGUCAGAAGGCAUCAAAGGGGUGGAGUACUGGGCAAAUGCCCCUUUUCUAAAGGUGGACACUAUUGCAGCAGAUGAGAGCUUUUCCCAGGUUGAUUUUGGCGGCCGGCUAAUGAAGGUGAACACAGAAAUUAGAAGUUUUGGGCCACUGUCCAAAGGCAGGGGCUUCCACUUGGCCUUCCAAGAUCUGGGUGCUUGCAUGUCCCUUCUGGCUGUCAGAGUGUUCUACAAGAAGUGCCCCAGUGUUGUGCGGAACUUUGCAUUCUUCCCAGAGACACUGACGGGAGCAGAGUCCACCUCAUUAGUGAUCGCCAGAGGAAGCUGCAUCCCAAAUGCUGAGGAAGUCGAUGUGCCCAUAAAGCUCUACUGUAACGGAGAUGGAGAGUGGAUGGUACCGAUCGGCAGCUGCAGCUGCAAAGCGGGUUAUGAGCCAGACAAUGGCAAUGUGUGCAGAGCUUGCCCUCAGGGCACCUUUAAGUCGUCUCAGGGGGCAGGAUUAUGUCAGCAAUGUCCGCUCUACAGUCUCUCCACCAUCGAAGCUGCCACUCUCUGUGGUUGUCGGAAUGGCUAUUACCGUGGAGACAUGGACAGACCAGAGGACAUGUGCACCAGUGUUCCUUCAGCUCCUCGCAAUGUGGUCUCAGUUGUCAACCAAACGUCAGUGCUGCUGGAGUGGCACCCACCACGUGAGACGGGCCACCGUGACGACUUGUCAUAUAACGUCUUAUGCCGCCGAUGCCACAGCAGCGAGCGGCGGGCGUGCCAGCCGUGCGACGACAGUGUGGUAUUUGUUCCCGGCAAGCGGGCGUUAAAGGACACAAGUGUUGAGAUCAGCAAGCUGCGGGCCCACACUUCCUACACCUUCGAGAUACAGGCAGUCAAUGGAGUCACCAACAAGAGCCCCUACCCCGCCCAGCAACUGUCCAUCAACAUUACAACCAAUCAGGCUGCUCCCUCAGUAGUUCCCAUAAUGCACCAAGUGAGCUCAACGAGCCGUAGUUUCUCGUUGUCAUGGCCACCGCCCGAACAGCCCAACGGAAUUAUCCUGGACUAUGAGAUGCGAUACUAUGACAAGGCCCAGUCAUCAGUGCUGAACAGUUCAGUGAUCCAAAGCGAGACACCUAAUGUGGUUCUGGAAGGUCUGAGGCCAGGGACCGGCUAUGUGGUCCAGGUGAGGGCCCGCACUGUGGCCGGCUACGGAGCCUACAGCAAGGAGAUGCUCUUCCACACCCUCACUGACGAUGAGUAUAAGUCAGAGCUUGGACAGCAGCUCUCCCUGAUCGCAGGAUCUUUAGUAGGUGGAGUGUGUAUCGUCUCUUUGGUGGCUAUCGCCAUCAUCUGUACCAGAAGGAGGCAGCUGAAGGAGAGUGUGUAUGGUGACAAGCUGCAGCAGUACAACACCGGAGGAGAGGUGACUCUGAGGCCAGACAUGUUCAGCGGUCCCACCCCCACAGUGACCUUUCCCACCCUGUCUGAGGGUCACAGUUCACCAGGGGUCAAGAUCUACAUCGACCCUUUCACCUACGAGGACCCCAAUGAGGCCGUUCGCGAGUUUGCCAAAGAAAUCGACCCCUCCUGUGUCAAAAUAGAGGAAGUCAUCGGAUCAGGUGAGUUUGGAGAAGUGUACAAAGGUCGCCUGAAACCUGUGGGGAAAAAAGAAAUCCCUGUGGCCAUCAAGACCUUGAAGGUGGGCUACUCUGAGAGGCAGAGGAGGGACUUCCUGUCCGAGGCGUCAAUCAUGGGCCAGUUUGACCAACCGAACAUCAUCAGACUGGAGGGCGUAGUCACCAAGAGCAGACCGACAAUGAUCAUCACAGAGUUCAUGGAAAACGGAGCACUCGACUCAUUUCUCAGGCAAAAUGAUGGACAGUUCCCAGUGAUCCAGCUGGUUGGUAUGCUGAGGGGCAUUGCAUCUGGAAUGAGAUACCUGGCGGAGAUGAGUUAUGUUCACCGGGACCUGGCAGCUCGAAACAUCUUGGUUAACAGUAACUUGGUGUGUAAGGUGUCUGACUUCGGCUUAUCCCGGUAUCUGGAGGAGGACACCUCUGAUCCCACCUACACCAGCUCACUGGGAGGUAAAAUCCCAGUGCGGUGGACGGCACCGGAGGCGAUCGCCUACAGGAAAUUCACGUCAGCUUCAGAUGUCUGGAGUUAUGGGAUCGUCACCUGGGAGGUGAUGUCAUACGGAGAGAGACCUUACUGGGACAUGAGCAACCAAGAUGUGAUAAAUGCCAUAGAGCAGGAUUUCAGGCUGCCAGCUCCCAUGGACUGUCCAGUCGUGCUGCACCAACUGAUGCUGGACUGCUGGCAGAAAGACAGGAACGCUCGGCCAAAGUUCCCUGAUAUUGUCAGCAUGUUGGAUAAAAUGAUACGCAACCCUGCAUCUCUCAAAGCCGGCACCAACAAUCUGCCCCCUGGCCCUCCCCACCACCCCUUGUUAGACCGUGGAGCUCCAGACCUGAGCAGGGUGAGUUCAGUGGAGGACUGGCUGGCUGCACUCAAGAUGACCCAGUAUAGAGACUCCUUCCUGGGCUCAGGCUUCACCUCUUUGCCGCUCGUCACACAAAUCACAGCCGAAGAUCUGCAGAGGAUCGGGGUGUCUCUUGCUGGACACCAGAAGAAAAUCCUGACCAGCGUGCAGUCAAUGAGGCACCAGGCCGACGACCAGUCUCCUACUGAAUCUGUGUAGCUGCACAGGGGAGUCAUACCGUACGAAAUAUUUGACCUGUGUGCAGUCUGUGGACUAACAGGCUUUCAUCUUACACUUCUCUUUUACUCUCAUACACUAAAGGUUGCUGCUUUUGGAAAUCUCUACUACUUUACAUGCUUUUAAGCAAUCAUUGUGGCCAUUUGUGUGUCUGCAUGGCCAGAUUCUGGACACUGGACAGACUUUUCUCAUGUCAUUUAUCUUCCAAAAUCGAAAUGUCCCCCCGAAGAAACUCCAUGUACAGGUGUGAUGUGUUACACAGAGUGAAAACAAAAAAAAAGUGACACUGUGGAAAAAUACAAAACUAGUGUCUGACCUUAAGGAGCUACAAUCACCAGUCCCCAUGUCCCACUCACCAAAAUCUGACAGCAUCCGUCACUGACGUCUACAAAUCAUUUCUACCUAGCAGACUGACUGAAGAAAGACAUGGUGUGUUUUUUUAUGUAAAGCUUAAUCACAGAAACACACUCCUGUGAAGAGGAAACAGGCUGAGUAGACAUUUAUGUGAAAACUGGACCAAAAGCCUGACGAAAGGUCUUUAAAACUGUGUUCCUGGAAACAAGACCUGCAGGCCUUGUUAUCUGCAGCAUGUUGGGCUGAGAAAGCUUCAGUGCACUGGGGAAAAUUGCCACCAUUUGAAUCCGGACAGGAGCCAACAAUUUUAAAUGAGACCUUUCUGAAUCUAUCUUCAUAUUGAAGAGUCUGUACAUAUUAAGAUAUGGGAUGUUUAUUUCCUCUUUGCUCACUUGCUUUCACUUUUGCCAACAGUCAAUGUCACUGGAGUAUUUGUAACUUCUCAAUGAUUAUCUCCCUCAACUGACUCAUCACUGCAACAAACUUGGAAGUGCUGUGGACUGCAGACAAAAAAAAAAAAAAAAAAAAGGUUUCACAGUUCUAUUUUUUGUACUUUCCAUGUGGCCAUGAAAAGAUAAACUCUUCCUCACAGACAGCUAGCAAGGCCUGGCCUACUUAAAGUACUUAAUUCAGAGAGAACUCUUAAUGGAUGAUGUUUUACAAUCAGCAUAAAUGCCCUCUGAGUAAAGGCAAUUACAGAUCAGAAAAUAGCAAGAGAAUGAGAUAAAGAAUUAUUAAACCAUAGCAGUGUCCCUUCCAAGCGAGGAAGCAAAGCAACCACAUGCUUUGAGGUACAGAAGAAGAAAUGAGCUGAAGAGACUGCAGGUAUUGAGUCAUUACCAGCUAUUGAGACGCACCUGUUGUGAUGCAGUGCAGUGGCCAGAUAAUCUCUAAAGACAGAAAAGGUGUUGUCAUCCAAUGUUCUUGUGAUUUGGCUGCAAAUCCUAAAGCUGACUGCCAGUCAGGCAUUAAUACAAUGCAUGAAGCAAGCAGAAAUCCAACGCUCGUGUUCUGUCCACGCAUGGAACAAAUCUCAUUUCUGUCUAAACUGUAUGGCUGCCGUCCAGAUGGCAAUCAUCACUGUACAGCAGCAGCGAGGCAGGGCCCUUUGUAUUCAUUCAGUUUUUAAUUCGUUGGCUGCCGGACAUGUCAUUGUUGUCAGAGUCUGUUUUGACAGUCUCAUUUCCCGAUUGACAUCUCUGAUUAAUAUUGUUGUGUCAGCUAGCAGAUGAAAUGACAUAAAGUGACCUAUCCAUGCAGUCAUCUGUGGACAGUAACCUUUUGCGUAACACACAUUUACAGGAUUGAUUUCUGACAUGUCCAACAAGAAAAGACAGUAAACGCAUUAGGGUCAAGAAGGAAAUUGGCAGCUUAUUUGUCAUGCUUUAGUGCUUAAUGGGAUGUUUGACUCUCAAAAUAUGAUAUCUAGAAGGCCAGAUCUCUCUCACACUGGUGUAGAGGCACUGGGAGAUCUCUUUUAUCUCAGAGCUGAGCCGAUUACCAGCUGUGAAACAACAGCGGCCUGCUCUGCCUUCAGCCCAGACCUCUGGUCACGCGUGUGCAACCCCAUCCCAAGGAUUACCAGUCAGUAGCUCUGAUUGGAUGUUAUGAUUUUAUUUGUCAUCUGCUGCGAGCCCGGCUCACCAUGAUAGAAGUGACAGUGUUUAGUUGUUUGCUUUCAACACAUUUUACUGCUGCACGUCUGUGACGCGUCCCACAAAACGCUGUUUGUGUUUGCCUCGCACCACUGCUGGGACGCCCCAAAGUCUGUUAUUUAUGAACAUUGUGACAUUGCGGCUGUUUUAAACCUCCAAACAUUUCAGUUUCCGCUUUUUCCGCCGAAACUCUGCUCCGACGGCGGGACCGCAAUUGCAUUUGUUGCCAGGCAACGGCAGCUUAUUGAACAUUUUAUCAGGAAGUAUUGAGAUCAACUGGGAGCGUGUCAGUGGUUCACAGGCAUAAUUCGUUGUAAAUAGAUGCCUCUGGAAAAACAGUUUCAGCGCUGGCCCGGGGGUUUAAUAAAGAGUGAGACGACUAGUGUGCCUAAAAGCUCAUAUUGAAUGCCACCUAAAAAAUGUCAUGAAGAAGAAAUGAAAGCUGUCAACACAGACAGGCAUCUGAAUGCGUUGUAACAUCUGUGGCUAAGUGUGAUGUGUCUAUUCUUUCCUUCCCUUUUUUUGUCUUCUAUUUAACAAGUUAGAUGCGAGCUUUCAGAGGCAUUUCACAUAUUACUGUGUCAGUGUUUGUGAAAAAAACAAUGAAGGCAUCAUUGAGCUGCAACACGUCUUGUGUUUAUAUUGUGACGUGUCCUGGUUUGAGCACAGUCACCACAUAGAGGGUAUCUCAGGAACACGAGGGAUGUGAGUUUUGUCCACAUCGCUGCAUAAAAUGGGAUAUUUUAUUGGUAAAUCCUGCACUAUAUAAAGAUUAAUCCAAGAUGAAGUGCUUUAAGAGUUCAUAGAGAGAGCUGGUUUUGAUGUUAGUUUUCUGAAGUACCUUUUAAAAGUUAAAUCCACCCUUAAGCUGUUCCCUAAAAAGAGGAGAGAUGUGUGUUUGUGUGUAAACAACACUGAAGUCAGAGUUAAAACACUGUCUGAUUAAAUCUGCGCUGAAUAUCUGGCCAAAUAUUCUAGUUCAGGGCUAAACUACAUUUUUAAUCCUUUUUAUUGAUGGAGGGGAGUUUUAACGCCAAGCUUUUUAAAUGUUCCGCAUUUUUUCCUUUUUCAUUUUUUUGAUGAAAGGACUCAGGUUGAAAGGAAUCACCGAGCCUCCAGUGAAAGUUCAUCCUUGACUUUCUUUAGGGACUUUUGUAUUUUACUGUUUUAUGCACAGCAGUGUGGAAACAAAACCACUAAAAUAUGAUGGCGAAAUAAAUGGAAAAAUCUCCCACUCACUGUCAACUUUGUAUUAGUAGAAUUUUUAGAGAUAAAAUGCUUCUCUCAGACAGUAGCUGUGUCCCAGUUCCAAACUGCUGCUGGUGAGUUCACACUGGAAAAGUGACAAAAGAUAAUAUUCUGUAAAAGUCAGCAUGUGUGCACAAAGGAAAUGAAGAGAGGGCUGUAUAUUCUUCUAACCAAUCAUGGGUGGUGGUGAAGUACUUUUGUGAACACUGCAGAAAAAAAAAUAGAACUAUGAUGGACUCUGUUUUGACAUGAAGUUUAAUUAAUGCUGAGAUUUGAAAGUCCCAGUUUGUUUGGGAUAAAUUAGUACAUUUCUGUGAGUGUGAAACAGUUAAAGGUGCCCUGUGGAUACAUUUCCUUCCUCUUGAAACAUUUGUACAACCAUUUAUAACAUUUUAAAUGCCGCUUCGUGUACAUGCAUGUUUAAUAGCAGCACUUUUCAUCAGUGUGGUGCUGGCGAAAUAUGAAUGAACAAAUCUUUGACUUGCACCAAGUCUACGCUGCUACUCGCUGCCUCGUCACAUACAGACACUUCUCCCACUCAGCUUCUAUAUGUUACCAGACUCACUGGCAGCUAUAAUGCAUGAAUGGAUAUGUGCAUAUUACAUACUCAUUUGAGUUCUUUGGGACAAAAAUUUAGCUUGUUUACAGCAGUGCAGAUGGUGAAAUGUUUUCCUCUCUGUGUGUGCUGUAGAUGUAUGUGUGACUUGGCUGUUCAGUAGUACAAAUGUGUGGCAAGCCAUUUUAACAUUGAAUAGCUGAGUUUGUCUGUCCAAAAUUUAAAUUACAGAUAUCAAGAACAGGGCUGCACAGUGGCUCGGUGGUUAGUACCGUUGCCUUGCAGCUAAAAGAUCCCCAGUUCGUGUCCUGGCUUGGAAUCUUUCUGCAUGGAGUUUGCAUGUUCUCCCUGUGCAUGUGUAGGUUUUUUGAAGAUACUCCGGCUUCCUCCCACAGUCCAAAAACAUGCUGAGGUUAAUUGAUUAUUCUAAAUUGUCCAUAGGUGUGAAUGUGAGUGUGAUUGUUUGGCUCUAUAUGUAGUCCUGUGAUAGACUGGUGACCUGUCUAGGGUGUCCCCUGCCUUCACCAUAAGUCAGCUGGGAUAGACUCCAGCCCCCCCAUGACCCUAAUGAGGAGUAAGCGGUAUAUAGAUGAUGGAUGGAUGGAUGGAUAUCAAAAGCAGUCAUUUUGACUAACUGUAGUCAGACUGACUACUCACUUUUAUUUAAAAUAUCAGUAAUGUCUUUCUGACUCAUCAAAAAGACAGUUGCAGAAAUCUCAAACCUCAUUAAGGUUAGUUAGUUGAGAUUUACUAGACUUUUGGCCUCAGACUGCUCUUACAUGGUGAUAAAAUUGCUUGCUAUAUGUUGUUUUGUUGCAGUGCCAUAGUAUGUUUGAAAAACAAGCUACCUCCCAUGCCGUAGCUUCUGACGUGAUUAGAGAUAUCUGCAAUGUCAUCUCUACCAGUGAAAACUCUAAAUGUUUGUAGUUUCAUUGUGAGUAGUCAGAAUUUUAGUUUGAGAUUUGAAUUAAUCAAGAUCUAAUUUAAGAUAUCUUCAAAGGGCAAUGCAGAUAUAUUAAAUAGGAAACAGGACUAGUUAGAAUUAAGCUGUAGAUAUCUGAAAAUGGACAUGCAACUAAUCAGAAUAUAUCUAUUGUUUGUCCUGGUAAGAAUGAUGAUGUUGGUAUCUGAAAUGUUCUUUUUGACUGGGAAGAACUGAGACACAGAUAACAGUAAUACAUGUCCAGUUUAGCCAUUGUAUGUUAAAAUGACUUGGCAUGCAGAAUCAGUUUACGGUUUGAACAUGUAUGGCCUUGAUAUUAUAACUUGACAUUGUGUAACACAGAGUAGCUUCACAGUGAGCUGGUAUGCUGAGCUACAGCGACUGGGGAGGGAUGUGUAGAAACAGAGUGGGAGACUUACUGGGGAUUAUGUUCAUAGAAAACAAACUUCUAAUUAUGUUACUUUGAUACAGAGACAUGGAGUUUUCAAGGGGUUAAAUCAAUGACCAGAGAGUGAUUUUAAUGGCCGUUUUUAAUGCCUACAGUGGUGUAAUUAUUGCUUUGCAUAUUGACUUGCUCCAGUGCAGAGAUGCAAUGUAACACUUGAACUUUCUGUUGUAUUUGUUGUUUUUUUGCAUAUCACUGCCAGCUGGAAUAAUAUUAAACCACUGGCAUGAAUGUAAAUCCCAUCACCCACAUGCAUUUGUGUUUCUGUGUGCAAAAAAGCAGGAAGCCUCUCACGAAAACAUAAAUUCAUCGAGCUAGCGAGGUAAAAAAAAAAGAAAAAAAAAGAAAACCAGAAGGAAAAAAAAAACUCCACAGGGUCCCUUUUAUGUGUUGAUUCUUUUCGCAUACCAAGUAGAAAAAUGUGGAUUUGGAACACAGCUAUUGUUGUGUGGUGAAGGUAAAGAGAAGAGCCAUCCUUGAAUAUCCUUCAGGUUUUCUCUGUUUGUGAUGCUUGUGAUUAUUUAGGACAUUAUUUGGAUAUUGCAUGGUACUUUUGUGUUGCGUGUGAACUCGCUGCUCUGUAUAUACAAACAGUAUCCGACCGGUUUGUGAACGUGAGUGUGUAUCUGUGCCCGCAGCCUAUCUCGUUUGUAAGAACUCAAUAUUUUAUGCAGCUGCAGCGCCUUCUGUUCUGCUGGGAUUAUUGUCAAUGGAGACGAUGAUGAUGACUCCCAGUUCAUUUCUGAACGGCAGUACAAAUGGCAGCUGCAGACAAAAGCCCUCGCUCUGUGAUUCUGAGGGACUGACACCAAAACCUAACAUUUACUGCAGAUGUUUCAGACUCUGCUGUAGCUGUGCUGGAAAUAUAUCAACAGGUGUCACAUUUUAUUUGGCCAGUUAGGCAGAGAAAUGGGAAAAACACAGACUUCUAAACAACAAAACAGACAUUGCAAGGUGAGUCUCCUCUAAGUGCUUCAGGGUGGAUUUAUCUUUUAAUUGCAGUUAUUUUCUGGAAAGCUCGGUCAGACUCGGCUGCUUUUCUCGUCUGCUUCGGCUCCGGUGUAAUAGAUGCUGUAGGUGAGGCUGAAGAUGAGAGCAGGCGAGUUAUGAAGAGAGAGAAAAAAGUGAAAGGGUAGAGGUAAUAGAAGGGGCAAGAAGAGAAGAGGAGGAUAACAGGAGAAGAGAGAAGCAGGAGGGGUGGAGGAGCUGGGAAGCAAAGCUCGACUCUUGUUUGAAUAAAAAUGAGGCUGGGUGUGGAGAGAUUACUCUUUCUCUUUUUGUCUCUCUCUCUCUCUGUCUCUGCUCUACCCUUCUUCUCCUAAUGCCCACAACCUCUCUGAACAGCUCACUCUGCUUCCAGUCCACAUUUCCACUGUCUCCUUUGACUAACGGUUUUAAGGCAAGCAGUCGUUCUAUUUUAGAUGCUCUUCUCCUGCAGACAUUUUGAACUUGCAUCUCCUAAGGAUAUAUUGGCACGUAUCUUUUACACAAAAGCCCCUGCAGGAUAUUGUUGAGUAUUUAUGCCAAAACUGUGAAAGUAAUGUUCUUUUCUACCUGCUUCGCUCCAUGGGUGGAGUCUAUCAGAGGUUCAUCAAGCUAACCUGAACUGACACAGUCUGUCUGCACACAGUGUAAACGCAGGAAAGUCUUUUUAAAUUUUUUGGUCAGUUGGCUGCUGAAUUUCUCGACUCCUGAUAACUUGCUUGCUUUGAGAUUUUGUACAGAGAUUUAUGGUCCCAAGAAUGCAAAGCCUGCUGACUUUAGUGGUCCCCAGACUUGUCUUCAAACCCUACCAUGAUGCUGAUGUCUCCAUUUUUUUAAUAGGAACUCAUCUACAGUUAUUGCAUGACUGGCACAAAAUCGGUUCACGUUUCCUUCAGGAUGAACUGAAAUGACUCUGCUGAUCCCUUUUCAGUUUCAUCACUUUGCCCUGUGAUUGAAAUUGUAAUUUUGACAAACACUUUCAUGACCAAAAACCAGCCAAACUACUGUCAGUACAUCAGCCUCCGCUGUCUAAUUAAAUGUCAGCAUGCUAAUUCAGCAAAGGAACAGUGAAGAUGGUAAACAUUAUACCUGAUCAGCGUGUUAGCAUCAUUACUGUGAGCAAUAUUUGCAUGCUGACAUUAGCAUUUAGCUCAAAACACAGCUGGGAUUGAGAACAGCCUCACAGAGUCACAAUUCUGACUGUAGACUUUUAAUCAUACUUCCAUCUCUGAAGGCUUUGACAUCUGCAAAGAAUCAAACAAGUAUUGUUAUCAGGAUCCCAAAACUGUGAACACAAAAAUGUUCUGGCCAAAUGUAGAAAUAAUUGCUUUACAAUUUACAAGUUUUUGAGCUUUGUGAUCUCAUUUUAUGGGGAAAAUGUUUCAUCAAACUAACCUAAACUGAAACAGUCUGACUGUACACACUCUGAAGAAAUUUGACUUCUUUUUUUUAAUACAUGUUAAUUUAUUUUUAUUCUAAUUGCUUGCCAUACUUUUUAGUAUGUAUGUAUACUGUACGGUUUCUCUUGAAAAAAGAAAAAACAGCUCAAUAAUCGGCUGUAGUCUGCCUUUCUCUGUUUACCUACAAUACUGUUAUAGGUGUUGCUGCUCAUAUAGUCAGAGCAUCCCACUGUAAUGUAUUAUAAUACUGUAAUAUAAUGUGAGUAUGCGCACGCUUGUGCAUCUUUGUGUGUUUGUGCGCGUGUGUGGGUGUGAUAUGUGUGUGUGCGGUGUUCAGUGUACAGUAAAAUGUUUGUACAUCGUGCGUGAGUUUGUAGUUGUAAACUUUCAGAAUCUUACAUUUACAAUGCACUGUUUGUCAAUAAAGAAGACAAAUCAAACCGA